GGCUGCCCGGUAAAGAAUUCCUGCACAGAGACCCGGGCGCCACGGCAACCAGGGGAAAUAAACACCGCCGUGCUCACAGUCCAAGUUCUGCCGUGAUGUCAUCUGCCGCCGGGCGCCCCAGUCAGCCCCAGCUGCUCAGGCCGGUGGACUGGCCUCCUCCCCGCCCCCAUACAGCAGCCUGUGGCUCAGUCCUCUCCCAGUCCCCAGCCAUGAAGCUGCGCAGUGGGGCUGGGAGCUGCACCCCGAAGCCAGAGAAGAAGGCCCCUGCGCCUGAGUGGCAGGGCAUCAAGCAGACUCCCAUCAUGUUGGCCCUGAUCAAGGGCCCGGGGCCUGCCCGCUACCUGCGGCCAUCCUGCACAGGCUAUGUGGAUCAUGACGCCUCCAUGUUCUGCGAGCCGGCAUAUACGCUACACACCAGGCACUCGGACAAGCGGAUCUUGGAUGUGUGCAGCCCAGGCCCCGGGUACUUCUUGGAUCCCAGAAUAACUCGCUUUGGAAUGUCCAGCUGCUCUCAGGUCCCCAUGGAGGGCCGUGUUUGCAACCUGCGUCUGAGCCCCAUUCCAGCACCUUGCCACUACCAGCAUGACCAGGGCGCCCCUCCGGGGGAGCGUCGGGCUCCCCAGUAUACCUUUGGCCAGCGAUGUCCAUACCGAGUGAUGGACCCCAACCCGGCUCCUAACCGCUACCAGCUGCCCGUCUUGCUGGGGCCCCACAACCCCGUGCACCGAGCUGCGCCCUGCUACAGUCUGGCCUCCCCGGACAAGAACUGGUUCUACAAAGAGGACGUGGCUGGAGGUCCUGGGCCCGCUGCCCAUGCCAGGCCCGAGCCCUCUGUCUACCUGAACCGCAGCCCAGUCCACCGCAUGGCACAGCGCUUUGCCUAUCCGCUGGACCACACGACUCGGCCUGGCCCCGGUUCCCACAACGUCCAGCAGGUGACCGUGCAUAAGCCGCGCACCCCUGCCUUCAGCAUGGGCGUGCGCCACUCGGCCCACCUGUGUCCGCUGGUGGUUGACAUCCGUGACUGAGGCCCCGCCCCCACCCUGCCCACUCCCAGAGUUUAUUUUUCUACACUUGA